CUUCUUCCUUUCCUCAAGCACAACGAACAUAUGAUCAAGGAUGCUUGGUCGGCACCGCCUCGCCAGUAUCGCGCCGCGGGGCUCGGCGGAUUUAGCACGACUUAGCGCGAGAUUUGCUGUCCCUCAAUGUCCGAAACUCCGCCCCACAUUAAGCACUUUCUCCCCGCUACAACUCCAACAAUCGCCUUUCCUAAGAAAAACAGCAACCAUAACAACAACCACAACAAUGCCUGGAAACUACGAGCUACUGUGCCUUGAGAACCCGCUCCUGGACAUCCAGGGCGUUGGUGACCAAGCUCUUCUGGACAAGUAUGAUCUCAAAGCCAAUGACGCUAUCCUCGCCGACCCAGAGAAGCACAUGGGAUUGUACGAGGACUUGAUCCAGAACUACAAGGCCGUCCUCAUCGCCGGUGGUGCUGCGCAGAACACUGCCCGAGGUGCUGCAUACGUCCUUGAGCCCAACUCAGUCGUCUACAUUGGUUGCAUUGGCAAGGACAAGUACGGUGAGACUCUCGAGAAGAUCUCUGCCGAUGCUGGUGUCAAGACCGAGUACCUCUAUGACGAGAAGACCCCCACCGGCCGCUGCGGUGUUGUCAUCACUGGCCACAACCGCUCACUGUGCACCGAUCUCGCUGCUGCCAACAACUACAAGCUUGAGCAUCUGAAGCAGGACCACAUCUGGAAGCAGGUUGAGAACGCCAAGGUCUUCUACGUUGGUGGCUUCCACUUGACCGUCUGCGUACCCGCCAUUAAGGCGCUUGCUGAGGAGGCUGCAUCAAAGAACAAGCAAUUCAUUCUCAACCUCUCCGCUCCAUUCAUCUCACAAUUCUUCAAGGAUCCUCUCGAUGAGGUCAUCCCAUACGUCGACAUCCUGAUCGGCAAUGAGACCGAAGCCGCAGCAUUCGCUGAGUCCCACGGUUUCGAGACCAAGGACGUCAAGGAGAUUGCAAAGAAGAUUGCCAGCCUGCCCAAGAAGAAUACCAACAGGCCAAGGACAGUCGUCUUCACCCAAGGCACUGACCCCACCAUCGCCGUUACUAGCAAGGAGGGUAGUGAGCCCGAGGUCAUAGAAGUUGCCGUACAUGCCAUCAGCAGCGACAAGAUCAAUGACACCAACGGUGCCGGUGAUGCAUUCGCUGGUGGUUUCGUCGCUGGUAUUGUCCAGGGCAAGCCUCUUGAGAAGGCCAUUGACAUGGGCCAGUGGCUUGCGAAACUUAGCAUUCAGGAGCUCGGUCCCUCGUACCCACAGCCCAAGCAGACUUACAGCGGCUAAGCGUUUUUCACAUAAUGUGAGCGUGGAAGCUCGUGUAUUUCAACAAUCUACGAGAGAGAGAAGUAGCAUGCCACCACAAGGUAGAGGCAUGCUUGCCGUCUUCAGGCCUCCGCAUUACGGGGCAUCUGGAUCUCGAUAUCGACAUUGCAUAAUGACGAUGUGUUUGUUUUGGCGUAGGGCGAUUAUAAAAGUAAAACAUGGCCUUUCAACAGCCAAAGAUAGAUACCCUCAGCGGUUAAGCUGCUAGAUAACGAAGAAAAUGAGAUGACUAAAGUUGCUGCAUUAUCAUAGAG